UCUAAAAACCAUAAAAUGAAAUCAGAAGGUCAGCAUGUUCAGUCUUCUUUAAUAUACUAGUCAAUCAUCAUGCUCAUUAAAUUAACUAUACUUAUUAUUUAUUUUGUAAUAAAUUUAUCAUGGAGUUCUUAUGGACUAAACCAAAUUUAUUAUGCUAUUUCUGAUAUCAAUGGAUAUAUAUCAAUACAAUCUUUUCCUCAAGGUAAUGUAAUCGGUAAGGUUAAUUAUUCACACAGUUUAAAUACCACCGGAUGGGAUUAUUUGGAAAUACAAACUUCAAAAACUGCUGAUAGUGAAGCCCAGGCUUAUGCAGCUGGGUUAUUAGAAGGUUGGGUAACUGCAAAUUUGAUACAUUUGUACUGGAUUAAUACGCUUAAAAAUUAUUGUGAUGAUAGAAAUGAUACGUGUAAACGUUUGAAUGAGUAUAUUCAAAAAAAUAAAGAAUGGGUUAUGUCAGAAGUAGAUAAAAAAAAUGGAAGUGAUUCUUAUUGGUACCAAGUUGGACUUGUUUACAAACAAAUAGACGGAUUACAUGAUGGUUAUAUUUUGGCUAAAACUCCUGAAAUGGAGGAGUUAUCUUGGGAUACAUUUUUUUGGAUGAAUAUACAAGAAGAUCUUUAUGAUUUAUCGUCUGCUCUUAAUUUAACUAAAGUAAAGCAUAAACCUUUUGGAACUGGAUCUUGCUCAGCUCUUAUUAAACUUUUACCAGGCUACAAAGACUUAUUAUUCUCACAUGUUACUUGGAACUGGUAUGAAACUAUGUUGAGGAUACAGAAACGUUACCACUUACGAUACAAAAUCAAUAAGAUAUCCAAUCAGUUAGUGUUCGGACAAGAUAUAACGUUUAGCUCUUAUCCUGGUUUUGUACAUUCGUUGGAUGACUUUUACAUUACAUCGGCCGGGUUAGCAGUGAUGGAAACAACUAACAAUAUUUACAAUAAGAGCUUAUGGCUCGAUGUUCAACCUAUAGGGCAAAUUUUUGUUUUCAUACGAUCUAUGGUUGCGAAUCGAAUAUCUCGCGAUGGAACUGAUUGGGCAAAAAUUUUUAAACUUCAUAAUAGUGGCACAUAUAAUAAUCAAUGGAUGAUAAUUAAUUAUUCACUUUUUAAACCAAACGGCACGAUUCCUAAACAUGGAUUACUGGUUGUACUCGAACAAAUACCCGGAUUUGUAGAAAGACGAGAUUUAACGAGACAUUUAAUCAAUCAAACUUAUUGGGCUAGUUAUAAUGUUCCUGCUUUUCCAAACAUUUUCAACAUGAGUGGUAGUCGUGAAAUGCAAGAUCGUUAUGGACGUUGGUUUUCACAUUCGGAUACUCCUCGAGCAAGAAUAUUUGCUAGAGAUCAAAUUAAGGUAGUCGACGAACAAAGUAUGUUAAAUUUAAUGCGUUCAAAUGAUUUUAAACAUGACCCCGAGUCUGAAUGCAACUGUACUCCUCCAUAUUCAUCUGAAAACGCUAUAUCUUCUAGGAAUGAUUUAAAUGAUCCAAAUGGUGUUUAUCCUAUUGAAGCAUUAAAAUAUAGUAAUUGGGGUGCGAUAGAUGUCAAGAUAACAUCAAACAAAUUGUCUCAGAAACUCCAAUUUAUUGCUGCGUCUGGACCAACAAAAGGCACUAAUGAUUCACUGGGGAUCUUUUGUUGGAGUAAAACGAAUUUCAAAAAUAUAAGUCAUUUAGGACAGCCAGACUGUUGGGAUUUUCCGGCUAAAACUUACAAAUGGAAUAAUUUUGUUAACCUUCGUUCAAAUAUUUCUAAUUGGUUUUCUUUUGUUUUUAAAUACGAGAAAUAUAAUAAUGCUUUAUAAAAAAACACAAUAAAUUAUUUUACAAUUUAUCUACUGAAAAUAUUUAGUGGAAUCUAA